AUGACCGCGGACAAAGACAAGCCAGACAGGGAGAAGGACAGGGACAGAGACCGAGACCGGGAGCGGGACAGAGACCGAGACAGGGAGCGGGACAGAGACAGGGACAAGAGGGACAAAGCCUCCAGGGAGAGCGAGAGCUCUCGGCCGCGCCGCAGCUGCACGCUGGAGGGCGGAGCUAAGAACUACGCCGAGAGCGAGGACGAGGAUAAUGAGAACAGGGGAGUGGCCGGGGGAGUAGGCGGGGUCAACAUGGGGAUGGGGGAGGAGUCAGGGAAGAAGGGAAAGAAGAAGAUGAUUAAGAAGAAGUCGAGGUAUGAACGGAUGGAGAACGGAGAGAUCACUUCCUUCAUUACUGAAGACGACGUUGUUUACAGACCUGGCGGUAAGUUUAAUUAAUUAUUAUUACGUUUUACGUCUCCAUCUCUUUGGCAACAAAUAUCAUCAUGUAGUGUUUGCUUUUCUCCUGAAAGACGCCUCAGGCCAAGAUAAUACAACCUAGGUCUGUAGAGAAAUAUAUGUUUUUGUCAACAGACUUGCUGUUACGUCAAAACAAUACUUUAUUGUUCAAUGCCAAUUGGAAAUGUGUAUUUUCGACAUACAUUGUUUCUAAUUCCCCUUUUAUCUAAUUGGUAGCAGACAAGUUUGAGACGCAUUCCUCAAAUCUAGCCACAUUCCAGAAAGCCACAUUCCCCCUUUUAAAAUAUCAGACUAGAGAAUUCUACACUUAAUAUCUUUGUUUUCUGAUACUUUUUUAUAUUAAUGCAAUGAUUAUUAUACCCAGGGUCGGGCUAAAGGUUAAACUACAAAGCAGGAUCAAUGAGUUAGCCAGCUAACUUUGAUAAACAAAGUUCUGGUUCGUUAGGAAAGCUAAACUAAGAUGUGUUUUUGGUUGUUGGGUCAAUCAGACAUGCCUAUUUCAAGAUUAUCUUUUUAUAAAAACAAUACAAUUAGUUAUUUCAGAAUAUUUAGGCAAGUUAGCUGGCUAAGUCAUUGAUCUUGCUUUGUAGCAUACCGCUCUUUGUAGCAUACCCCUCUUUGUAGCAUACCCCUCUUUGUAGCAUACCCCUUUUUGUAGCAUACCCCUAGAAAUCUGUAUUUAUAUUAAAAAAAAUAAAAAUAAGCCUAGUUUGCUUUGUGAUGUCCUGCUGCAGUUCAGUCUAAGCUACACAGUUGAAUGAACAGUUUACCACACUCCAUUUGCUCUGAUUAGCUUGUAGGUCUACUGGUUUUGGUCUUCAAUAAUAAUCAGAUUUUCACUAGAAUCAGAAUACCUCUCCAGACGACAGCAUGUAGGCUAAUUUUGAUCUAUCAGUUCGAGAAGUCUCUGGCUCAGUUGCCUUUUAAUGUUUAGUCAUUAAACAAAAAUAAAUUAUGAUUAAGUCAAUGACCUUAAUAAAAGCAAAGAAAUGUGAUAACGAUAUAGCCAGAUUUAUUAGUGAUGGGGGGAAAUUCCUACAGUUACAUAUUGCAAUCUUAUUUUUGGACGAGGGCGGCAGGUAGCUUAGUGGGUAAGAGCGCUGUGCCAGUAACCGAAAGGUCGCUGGUUCUAAUCCCCGAGCCGACUAGGUGAAAAAUCUGUCGAUGUGCCCUUGAGCAAGGCACUUAACCCUAAUUGCUCCUAUAAGUCGCUCUGGAUAAGAGCGUCUGCUAAAUGACAAAAAAUGUAAAUGUAAAAAAUGUUAUAUCGAUAUUUGACUCAAAAUGAUCAAAUUAAAAUAAAAUCCAAAACUCUGGUAGUUUGCAUCCUAUAGCUGUUACAAUAAAUAGUGAGCUGACGUGUUUUCAACACUUUUAUUUCCAUGACUGAUCAAAACUCAUUUUCUAAUGCUCUCUCGUCUCUGCAGCAGACGUGUAGGAAGCAAAUAUGUUUGGAACAUGAAAUCACAAUAACAUCGCAGUAUCGAAUCGUAACACAUAUAGAAUUGUGAGAAUCACAAUACUUAUCGUAUCAGCACCUAAGUAUGGCGAUAGUAUCGUGUUGGGGGGGGGGCCCUGGUCAAAAGUAGGACACUAUAUAUAGGGAAUAGGGUGCUAUUUGAUACAGAGCUUCUUCACCUGCUGUUUCUAAAUUGGUUGAACAUCAAACUUAGGAGGGGGGGGGGGGGGGGGGGAUGUCCAAACCCGGCUCUCUGUCUGUGCUGUGGGAGGGAGGGAGGGAGGGAGGGAGGGAGAGCGAGAGCGAGAGCCUGCUCUGCAGCGGUUUCCUCUCUGUUACAGCAGGUUCUGGCUGGCUCAGCUAUCUGAACCCAUCAACAAUGGCAUGUCUUUCAUUUAUCUGGCAGGAAGGAAAAGGUCAAGUAGCCGACGGUCGCUGCCGUGCUUAGUUAUUUAAUAUGAACACAUGCAAUUAUUACAGCCAAUGUGUUAUUGUUCCCCUCACCCCCAUUCCCCUUUUGACGGCUAAAGACUCAAGAGAUGUACAGUGCAUUCGGAAAGUAUUCAGACCCCUUGACUUUUACCACAUUUUGUUUAGUUACAGCCUUAUUCUAAAAUUGAUUAAAUUAAAUUUUUCCUCAUCAAUCUACACACAAUACCCCACAAUGAAAGAGAGAACUGGUUUUUUGAAUUUCUUGCACAUUUGUUACAAAUAAAGAAAAGCAAUACCUUUACGUACGUAUUCAGACCCAUGCUAUGAGACUCGAAAUUGAGCUCAGGUGCAUCCUGUUUCCAUUGAACAUCCUUGAGAUGUUUCUACAACUUGAUUGGAGUCCACCUGUGGUAAAUUCAAUUGAUUGGACAUGAUUUGGAAAGGCACACACCUGUCUAUAUAAGGUCCCACAGUUGACAGUGCAUGUCAGAGCAAGACCAAGACAUGAGGUCGAAGGAAUUGUCCGAAGAGCUCCGAGACAGGAUUGUGUCGAGGCACAGAUCUGGGGAAGGAUUCCAAAAAAUGUCUGCGGCAUUGAAGGUCCCCAAGAACACAGGGCCUCCAUCAUUCUUAAAUGGAGAAGUUUGGAACCACCAAGACUCUUCCUAGAGCUGGCCGCCCGGUCAAACUGAGCAAUAGGUGAAGGGCCUUGGUCAGGGAGGUGACUAAGAACCUGAUGGUCACUCUGACAGAGCUCUAGAGUUCCUCUGUGGAGAUGGGAGAACCUUCCAGAAGGACAACCAUCUCUGCAGCACUCCACCAAUCAGGCCUUUAUGGUAGAGUGGCCAGACGGAAGCCACUCCUCAGUAAAAGGCACAUGACAGCACACUUGGAGUUUGCCAAAAGGCAUCUAAAGGACUCUCAGACCAUGAGAAACAAGAUUCUCUGUUCUGAUGAAACCAAGAUUGAACUAUUUGGCCUAAAUGCCAAGCGUCACGUCUGGAGGAAACCUGGCAGCAUCAUGCUGUGGGGAUGUUUUUCAGCGGCAGGGACUGGGAGACUAGUCAGAAUCAAGGGAAAGAUGAACGGAGCAAAGUACAGAGAAAUCCUUGAUGAAAACCUGCUCCAGAGCACUCAGGACCUCAGACUGGGGCGAAGGUUCACCUUCCAACAGGACAACGACCCUAAGCACACAGCCAAGACAACGCAGGAGUGGCUUCGGGACAAGUCUCUGAAUGUUCUUGAGUGGCCCAGCCAGAGCCCGGAAUUGAACCCGAUCGAACAUCUCUGGAGAGACCUGAAAAUAGCUGUGCAGCGAUGCUCCCCAUCCAACCUGACAGAGCUUGAGAGGAUCUGCAGAGAAGAAUGGGAGAAACUCCCCAAAUACGGGUGUGCCAAGCUUGUAGCGUCAUACCAAAGAAGACUCGGAGGCUGUAAUCACUGCCAAAGGUGCUUCAACAAAGUACUGAGUAAAGGGUCUGAAUACUUAUGUAAAUAGGUAAUAAAUUAGAAAAAUGGUAUAACCUGUUUUUGCUUUGUCAUUAUGGGGUAUUGUGUGUAGAUUGAUUGAGGAAAAUGUUUUAUUUAAUCAAUUUUAGAAUAAGGCUGUAACGUAACAAAAUGUGGAAAGAAGGGAAGGGGUCUGAAUACUUUCCCAAUGCACUGUAGUGUAGUAUGGAAGUAUUACCCAGUUUCCCCUGUCUGUCUCCUGUAUUUAACGUGGUACAGUUAUACACACACCUUACCAUCCCUGGGGAAUAAUCUGGUUCACAGCAUUAUCUCUCUGUUAGGAUCAGGAAGUCCUUGAAAAAGCCAUCACUCUCUCCGUCAGAGAGAAGCCUUGUUCCUUGACAGGGACUCCAUUGAAACAUAACACACACACACACACACACACACAACAUUGACUCCAUUGAACCUUUUCUUUCUCUGCAUUUAAUGUUUAAUAGAGAGAGAGGGAGCGGAGAGAGAGAGAGAGAGAGAGGAGGGAGGGAGCAGAGAGAGAGGAAGAGAGGGAGGAAGCAGAGGAGAGCAGAGAGAGGGAGAGGGAGGAGGAGGGAGGGAGAGAGGGGAGGGAGAGAGGGAGGGAGGGAGGGGAGAGAGAGCGAGGGAGAGGGAGGAGCGAGGGAGGGAGAGGGAGGGAGACAGAGAGAGAGGGGAAGGGGAGGGAUUUUUGGGCGCCUUUCUUGAUCUCUCUCUGGGGAGGGAAGCAGAGAGAGGGAGGAGAGAGAGAGGGAGGGAGCGAGAGAGAGGGGGAGGGAGCAGAGCAGAGAGGGAUGGACGGGGGAGGAGCAGAGAGAGGGAGGAGAGGAGAGCAGAGAGAGAGGGGGGGAGAGAGGAGGGAGGAGCGAGAGAGAAGGAGCGAGCAGAGAGAGAGAGAGGGAAAGAGAGCGGGGGGAGGGACAGAGAGAGGAGGAGCAGAGGAUGGAGAGAGGGAGCAGGGAGGAGAGAGAGGGAGGGAGGGAGGAGAGAGAGAGAGAGAGAGGGAGCAGGGAGAUGGAGCAGAGCUGAGCUCACUGCUGCUUUGUCUCCUGUUCAACCGUGCAGACAGUCAGUCACUUCAAUGAAACAUUCACAAGACAAAAACAAAGUCACAGGUUUUCUUUCUGCCAGAGAUAAUAUUUAUAUAUUCCAAGACAGUGAACAUAAACGAGCAGCAGUUCUGUUAAGAUAUUUAUGUUUCCUGCUUUGAAACUGUCUCCUCCAAUGAGUAUUGUAGUGAACCCUGACAGGACUGAAGACCUUUACACACACAUACACACGUCUAUUUUACUAUCCUUGGGAUGGUGUUCCUUGGCUUGCAAGACCCGCCUUUUUCCUCCAACAUAACGAUGGUCAUUAUGGCCAAACAGUUAUAUUUUUGUUUCAUCAGACCAGAGGACAUUUCUCCAAAAAGUACGAUCUUUGUCCUCAUGUGCAGUUGCAAACCGUAGUAUGGCUUUUUUAUGGCGGUUUUGGAGCAGUGGCUUCUUCCUUGCUGAGCGGCCUUUCAGGAUAUGUCGAUAUAGGACUCGUUUUACUGUGUAUAUAGAUACUUUUGUACCUGUUUCCUCACACGGUCCUUUGCUGUUGUUCUGGGAUUGAUUUGCACUUUUCGCACAAAGUACGUUCAUCUCUAGGAGACAGAACGCAUCUCCAUCCUGAGCGGUAUGACGGCUGCGUGGUCCCAUGGUGUUUAUACUUGCAUACUAUUGUUUGUACAGAUUAACGUGGUAACUUCAGGCGUUUGGAAAUUGCUCCCAAGGAUGAACCAGACUUGUGGAGGCUGAUUUUCUUUUGAUUUUCCCAUGAUGUCAAGCAAAGAGGCACUGAGUUUGAAGGUAGGCCUUGAAAUACAUCUACAGGUACACCUCCAAUUGACUCAAAUGAUGUCAAUUAGCCUAUCAGACGCUUCUAAAGCCAUGACAUCAUUUUCUGGAAUUUCCCAAGCUGUUUAAAGGCACAGUCAACUUUAGUGUAUGUAAACUUCUGACCCAGUGGAAUUGUGAUACAAUGCAUGCUUAUCCACGUUUUGACAACUGAAUGGGAACUUCACUUGCCUGCCCGCCCAUUUGAUCGAUGCCAAAUACAUUCGAUUGACAACUAAGAGAUAUGCUAACUGUGGAUCACAGUCGUUCAAGUUCAGCAUAGCUAGCUAGCGAAGCGAUUUACAUUUAUUGCUAGAAAUGACACCUGCAGCAUCUCUAGCUGUAGCCGCGGUUAAACGAUAUGGGGGAAAAGGUCGGUCACUCACUCCCACUCCUCCAAUGACAUGACAUCCUCCCAGCAGCUAGCUAGCUAGCUAACGUUAGGCUCCGUGUUUUAGCUAAAUAAACAGUUAGCUACAUAAAUAGAUGUGCAACUGCUACCCAAACUGGCCGUUGUUUUUAUUCGAAAAAAUAUGUCCCUUUUAUAAUGUCCACUUAUGUACAUAGGAUCCUUUUUAUAUAUAUAGCAUUUUAUCAUAUUAAAACAAGAGAUAAAACAAUAUUUGUCCCAGCCUUUGCUGCUAUGCUUGCAGAUCUGCAUAAUAUGCUACGACCCCCUAAUCAAAAAGUAUUUAAUAACUCCAAAUCACAUAAACAUAUAUAGGUUGUUGUAACGUUAAACGUUUUAUUUUUAUUUACACUGCAUGGCUCACCGGUGCGGUUGAAUGCAGCAUUGCUGUCUGGUGCACUCAACAUGUCUUGCAUAAGUAAUAAUAAUAAUUGUAAAGUGGUUAUCCCACUGGCUAUAAGGUGAAUGCACCAAUUUGUAAGUUCUCUGGAUAAGAGCGUCUGCUAAAUGACGUAAAUGUUGUAGUUGAGUGGCCCAGCCUGUGCUGUAUCAGGCCUUCCUCCUUUGUUGCAGGUUUCGUUUUUUCAUUAUUUAAUUGUCAAGCUUUAAAAACCAAAAGCCAGACUGCAACAUUUUAGUAGCCAGGACAAUGUGGCAUGUGUCUGUACCCUCUCCCUCCGCGGCGCGCUGUAAACGGGUACCCUCUCCCUCCGCGGCGCGCUGUAAACGGGUACCCUCUCCCUCCGCGGCGCGCUGUAAACGGGUACCCUCUCCCUCCGCGGCGCGCUGUAAACGGGUACCCUCUCCCUCCGCGGCGCGCUGUAAACGGGUACCCUCUCCCUCCGCGGCGCGCUGUAAACGGGUACCCUCUCCCUCCGCUGCGCGCUGUAAACGGGUACCCUCUCCCUCCGCGCCGCGCUGUAAACGGGUACACUCUCCCUCCGCGGCGCGCUGUAAACGGGUACACUCUCCCUCCGCGGCGCGCUGUAAACGGGUACCCUCUCCCUCCGCGGCGCGCUGUAAAACGGGUACCCUCUCCCUCCGGCGCGCUGUAAACGGGUACCCUCUCCCUCCCGCGGCGCGCUGUAAACGGGUACCCUCUCCCUCCGCGGCGCGCUGUGGAACGGGUACCCUCUCCCUCCGCGGCGCGCUGUAAACGGGUACCCUCUCCCUCCGCGGCGCGCUGUAAACGGGUACCCUCUCCCUCCGCGGCGCGCUGUAAACGGGUACCCUCUCCCUCCGCGGCGCGCUGUAAACGGGUACCCUCUCCCUCCGCGGCGCGCUGUAAACGGGACUGUGGCAUGUGUCUGUACCCUCUCCCUCCGCGGCGCGCUGUAAACGGGUACACUCUCCCUCCGCGGCGCGCUGUAAACGUAAAAAAGUAAAAAGUAAAAAAUCACCGGCGCGAGCGCAUCAGACUGUACUUUCAUAAAGUAGAUGACUCAACUGUUGACUCAUUUUAUACUUGCGUGUCCUAUUCGUCCCGCGGGACGUGUGUUUUGACACGUAUGCUAGUCUGUUAGCCACGUUGUGACUGACUUGUGAUCGUUGCCCUUGCUAGUUUGAUUCUAUUGACAUUCCCAGCUUUAGUUACAGUCGUCCGUUUUUUUGUUCAAAGUAUUGAGUCAUUGAAACAUUUACAUUACAUUUACAUUUUAGUCAUUUAGCAGACGCUCUUAUCCAGAGCGACUUACAGGAGCAGUUAGGGUUAAGUGCCUUGCUCAAGGGCACAUUUACGUCAUUUAGCAGACGCUCUUAUCCAGAGCGACUCACAAAUUGGUGUAUUCACCCAAUAGCCAGUGGGAUAACCACUUUACAAAUUUUUUUUUGGGGGGGGGGGGGGGGGGUAGAAGGAUUACUUUAUCCUAUCCCAGGUAUUCCUUAAAGAGGUGGGGUUUCAAAUGUCUCCGGAAGGUGGUGAGUGACUCCGCUGUCCUGGCGUCGUGAGGGAGCUUGUUCCACCAUUGGGGUGCCAGAGCAGCGAACAGUUUUGACUGGGCUGAGCGGGAACUAUGCUUCCGCAGAGGAAGGGGAGCCAGCAGGCCAGAGGUGGAUGAACGCAAUGCCCUCGUUUGGGUGUAGGGACUGAUCAGAGCCCGAAGGUACAGAGGUGCCGUUCCCCUCACUGCUCCAUAGGCAAGCACCAUGGUCUUGUAACGGAUGCAAGCUUCAACUGGAAGCCAGUGGAGUGUGCGGAGGAGGGGGGUGACGUGAGAGAAACCGAAACAGUGCAUCCAGAAUGGUUGGCGGCAAGAAACACUGUACCAGGCCAGCUAUGAUUUACACCCUGAUAGCAAUAUUUUUGGGAGUACCAAGAAAUGCAUUGGUGAAUUAUAUGAAUCAUGCAGUGAACUGCAUCCAUCUAUUCUGCCAACCAUGUCUUAGUGUACGUCAUGGAAUUUAGAAUUUUAAAACCUCUUAUAAAGCUGGUUUUGAAGCAUAAACUGGGAAUUUUAUAUUUUUUUACUGAUAUUAUGAAUCUGUUCGUUUCAUAUCUGCGAACUAGUUAAAUGCUGUCAGUUCCAAUUUCACCCCUAAACCCUAAUUGUAAACAUAACCCCUCAGCAUUUUUCCUUGUGGGGACCGGCGUAAUGUCCCCACUUGUCCAAGUAUUCCUUGUUUUACUGUCCUUGUGAGGACUUCAAAUCCCCACAAGGACAGUAAAACCAAAAACACACACACAGACCCCCCCCCCCCCCCACCCACCCUCCAGCCACCCCUGGGUAAUAAUCUAAUUCCCAGCAUUAUCUCUCUGUCAGUAUCAGUAAGGUUUUUGAAAAAGCCAUCGCUCUCUCCGCCAGAGAGGAACCGUUUCUCCUCCAAAUUAGUAUUCUAGAGAAACCUGACAGGACUGAUGUCCUUUAUACACACGCACAUCAGUAACAUGGGGGUACGUACGGUUCUGUUGAGACCUGAUCUCUUUUCUCUUUGGUAGGAACAAAGCUGUGUGGAUUAGAGAUGGGGUUGGGGACACACACACACACACACACACACACCAGUGUGCAUUUCUCUUAGCAGUCGGUUGCUGCAUUUCUCAACAGAGCUUUUUUCUUUUUACGUUGAAUAACUAAGCUUUGCGGUGUGUGUGUGUGUGUGUGUGUGUGUGUGUACGGUGUGUGUGUGUGUGUGUGUGUGUGUACGGUGGCUAGAUGUGAUUUGUGGCCUAAGCAGACUAAAGCCUGGUCCGGAUUAUACUUGGCUAGAUGUUAAACCUUUUUAUACUGGUCUAGUGACACAAUAUGGAAAAGUGACCACCCCUGGAGAGGGAUUUAAACAGGUCUAGACAAAGAGAGAGAGAGAGAGGAGGGGGGGGAGAUGCAGAGAGAGAGAAGAGCAACACAGUGAGAGAUGGGAAGAUGGGACAACUACAAAUACCUAAGUGUCUGAUUAGACCGUAAAAUCUCCUUCCAGACUCACAUUAAGUCAACUGGCUUACCUGGUUAAAUAAAGGUGAAAUAAAAAAUGGAAAAAAAUAAAAAGAGGUGAGGAGAGUGGGGUUAAAGAAGGAUGAAAAACAUCUCUUGAAUUGCUUUUGUCUCAGAUAUCCUGUCAAACACACACACACACACACUAGGGCUUGGUAAUAUGGUCUACACAUCAUGUCUCAAAUGUGUUUUCAAAUGUAUGGGGGAUUUACAAUAUAGAUUCUUUAAAUGUUCUCUAAAUAAGCUUUUUGUACAAUUUUAAAGCUAAAUUACUCUGCAUUUCAAACAGUCAGCAGUAAUCUAAUAAAUUCAGGGCUUGUGAAAUUAUACCAAGGCUAAAUAUAAGCCUUCCACAGCCAUAAGACCCACUCAUAAUUUAGUUAUUUUAUCGAAAUUAUUUAACCAGCUUUUUUUUUGCAAUAAUCACUGAUCUACCAUUAUAGAAAAUGAUCACAGGUCUCCUAAACAAUCUCUCAAGCCCAAGGCCAUGUGCUAGUGAGUAGCCAGCUGAUCUUUUAUAUUUAACAUGUAGCCAACUUGGAUCUAUUCGCUAACAAGGCAGAACAGUUGAGUUGUUAUGAACACACCCUUCUGUCCGUCUCCAACUGUUGUAACAGCAUGCUAGCCUGUCCACUUUGUUCAGAUGUUGAAAUCAAGUGGCCUAUCUUAUUUCUCAGAAUGAGAACAAAUUGCCAAUUCCUUAUGUAAUUGUGUUUUAUGCUUAUUGCACAUUUAUAAAACACAGAAUAGACAGCUAGUAUAACAUUCUUUGGCCAAAAUGCUGCUAGCGGUACGUGUUACCGCAAUGCCGCUUGCAACCAACUGAGCGUUCAUUUUCCAAAUCAACGUUCAUUGAUGGCUCUCUUUUUUACUAGUGUCUGCUAUUUGAGUCUCAAUGUGUUUCCAUAUGACCAAUUCUAUUGGACCACACCUCAAAUGCGAGUUGAAAGUGCUUGUCAGAAAGGAAGAAGUGAUCUCUCAUCUUUGUUGUUGUAAGUGACAAGGAAGGUGUGUGUAAAUGGGAAGGUGUGUGUGUUAAUGGGAAGGUGCUCAUGUCUCCACUCUAACAAUGGAAGUUGUUGUCCCAAAGGUGGGAAAGCAGGUGACAAGCUUAGGUCCAAAAUAAGGACAUUUUAAAUGUACUGGGCUUAUUUUGGACAGGUUCUGUCAUGUGAAACCUCUCGCUUCCUCUCUGACAGCACAGAAGGAGCGAAGGAGAAGAGACCAAGCAGACAGUAAAUGCUCAUAAGAAAUACAAUAACUUGAUUCUUGCGAUACAGGCAUUGCGCAAUAACAAUUAGAAUGAAUUAGAUCUAUGGCCCAGCACUAAAACGCAGUACAUCUGUCUGCCUGUCUGCCUGUCUGCCUGCCUGCUCAGCCUUUUGAUCACUGAAAGAUGGGAGCAUCUCUUUCUGCAGCAAGGCUUAGUGUGCAUUGAUUGGCUGGAGGGGAGACGACAAGGAGAUGACGGGAUACGUGUGUGUGUGUGUGUGUGUGCCAGCGCAUGCGUUCUCUAGUCUGACGGAAGGGUGGAAAGGGGAUACUAUUUGUAUGGCAGGCAGCUGGGGUGGACAGGCAGUUACUCACACUGAGAGGCGACCUGUGCGAUCGAUCAGGGCUUUGAGUAGCUCUUCUCCAGCCAGGCUCCCUGCAGCUCUGAAGGAUAUUCUCUACACACACUCCAGCUCAUAGAUCCACACUGGAGAUCUCUCACACACUCACUCACACACACACACACACAGUCCUGCUCUGCUAUAGGCGAUCCUGAAACACACUCUACACACACCACACAUUGUGCGCGCAGAGGCAAACACACACACACACACACACUCACAUCACCUUUGUCCUCAGUCUUUGCGGGCUAAGCUAACGUCUCCACUGCAGAAAGGACCCACUGUUGUAGUCUGCCAUGCCACAGUGUCUCUCUGUCUGCUCAGCCUUCCUUCCCCGUCUCCUCUCCAACAUGGCUGCCUCCUGUGAAUAAACGAGACAGUUAAUCGUCUAAGGGAGGCAGGGGAGCGGUGGUGGUGCAGUGGAAGGUCUUCAUUAUAUUAUAUUAUGACGAUGUAGGGGUUUAAUGGUACACCUGUUCGUGCAGGGACCUCUGUUCGGUCCGCACUGUGAACCCAAAUGAAUACAUAAAACAAUUAUUUACAAAAAUACAACACUAGGGCUAUGCCUCUUGAGUAAAUCUGAGCUGGGGAAAAAAAAAAAAACAUUUCAGGCUAUUCCGUUAAAACAAUCAAAAUUCUCAUUCUUAAUUGGCACAUUUCAAACUGUCCUUUUGUGAGGCGCAGCCAGUAUCUAGUUCUGUACGAUGGCGGGUGGUGGGGUCGAUUUAAACCAGGAGGAUUCUCCAUCAUUGUUUAAAUCUCCAGUUUGAGAACAUUUCGGCUUCCCAGUACAUUACAACGGCGAUGGACAGAGAGAGUAUGGUCGCCACUGUUCAACGAGAAUAGCCUAUGCAGCUGCCCACAUCUCAAACAUGUUGACACAUUUACGCCGACAUCACCCCAGAAUGACGCCGACAUCACCCCAGAAUGACGCCGACAUCACCCCAGAAUGACGCCGACAUCACCCCAGAAUGACGCCGACAUCACCCCAGAAUGACGCCGACAUCACCCCAGAAUGACGCCGACAUCACCCCAGAAUGACACCGACAUCACCCCAGAAUGACGCCGACAUCACCCCAGAAUGACGCCGACAUCACCCCAGAAUGACGCCGACAUCACCCCAGAAUGACUACCACCGGAGCAAGAUGGAAACACAAAACAACAACAACUUUGUCUCCCCUCUGCACUCAAGCAGCUGAUUCAAGCAGCCCUUCGCAGCUGAUUCAAGCAGCCCUUCGCAGCUAAUUCAAGCAGCCCUUCGCAGCUGAUUCAAGCAGCCCUUCGCAGCUGAUUCAAGCAGCCCUUCGCAGCUGAUUCAAGCAGCCCUUCGCAGCUGAUUCAAGCAGCCCUUCGCAGCUGAUUCAAGCAGCCCUUCGCAGCUGAUUCUGACCCUGGCCAAAGAAAUGACAAGAGCGUUAGGUAUGUUUUAUAGCCGCAGAUAUAUGCACCCAUUCUCGGUGGUUGAGAAGAACAAGGGGUUUUCAGCACCUCGUGAGAAAGUUCUCGAGCAACGCUACGAACUUCUCCCUCUCGCACCCAUUUCAGCAAACCAGUAGCACGGCUCUCUAUAAGCAAGCUAAAGCCAAUGGAUUUGCCAAUGAUCUCUGUGUUGCGCUUUAUUACAGAAGGAUGGACCUCCAGGACUACAGGGAGCUGCUGAACAGUGACAGCCCAGAGUGGGAGAUGAGAAGUAAUAAUAAAUAAUAUCCCAUUUAGCAGACGCUUUUAUCCAAAAGCCACUUACAGUCAUGCGUGCAUACAUUUUUACGUAUGGGUGGUCCCGGGGAUCGAACCCACUACCCUGGCGUUACAAGCGCCGUGCUCUACCAAUUGAGCUACAGAGGACCACUGUAGAAGUACUGUGUUAGACACAAACCCCUUUUGAGAGUCGCACAAGUGUGCAUCUUUUUGUCUUUGUAAGAACAUAAUAGCAUAGACCUAUAUCAUGAUUACAUAUUGAUUUCACACGCGCUUCAUUUUAGUGCUAUUGUUGAUGAGUAAUCGUGUUUUUCCAAAGUGUUGUUAUUUCUGAUGGUGCUGUCAUCAGGCAUUGAGACUCAUGAUCAUAUAUGGAGUCAGGAAUAUCAACACUUUGUAUAAAAUGAACAACAGUAACAGUUGGCAUUUCAUUUUUCAGAUAAAAACCGAACCGUGACCCCAAAACAGCCAAUACGUACGAACCGUGGGUUUGGUGAACCGUUACACCCCUGUGAGGAUGCCUCUGUGUACUGUACUGUCAUAUGUUUCAACCAGUUGUGAUGGUAUCAUUUGUAGAAUACAGAGAGGAUCCUUUAGGAGACAAGGGCUUCAUCUCUGUCCCAUGGAGGCUGGGGGUUGGGGAGGUUGGGAGGUUGGACAGCUGGCACCUCACUCUGCACAGCCACCUGAAAGCCUGGGGGGAGUGUGUGUGCAUUGUCUGUAGUUUAAAAAAAAAAAAUCAUCAGAAGGGGCUCUAUUUUGGUGGCGUCUGGUACAUUCUAAUGCCUUGAAAUACACCGCUAAAUUAUUGAAUGCUUUAUGACUUUAUCUCCCAUGAUUGGUAAAAAUGAGUUUUGGUUUGGGGUGUAACGGCACAAAGAUUUGUACAUAACUGUUCGGUAUGGGGGGGACCUCUGUUCGAUCCGCACUGUGAACCUGAAUGAAUACCAAAAAAAAGAUAUAUGUACUUAAUAAAAACACUAGGCCUAUUGGCUAUUUCUCAGCUGCGUUGUAGUAGGCCUCUAAAGGAAAUCUGAGCUGAAAAAAACAUUUUCAGGCUGUUCCAUUUAAACAACUAGAGCCUAUGCACACAUUGUAAUCAAAAUUUAAAUCUUAACUGCCACAUUUCAAACUGUCCUGUUUUAUUUAGCUGCAGCUGGGAACAGUUUUGUACGAUUGUGAGUGCUAUCCGGGAUCCUUGGGACGUUCCUACUCUAAACCCUACUCUAAGCCCUAACUUUAACCCCUAACCCAUACCUAACAAUUUCACAUUUCAAUUUCAGUGGUGUAGGGAUGUCCCAAGGAUGCCGGAUAGCAAGGACCAUCUGGCGCUGAAGGUGGCAGUGUCAUGGUGCGUUCGUACGACCUAGGAAAAAUCCACAGUAAUAUAUAUUUUAAGAUGGCGUCGUCCAGGGUAGGGGAGGGAAUGGCCGGCAGGGAUGUAGCUCAGUUGGUAGAGCAUGGCGUUUGCAACGCUAGGGUUGUGGGUUCGAUUCCCACGGGGGGCCAGUAUAAAAAAAUAAUAAUGUAUGCACUCACUAACUGUAAGUCGCUCUGGAUAAGAGCGUCUGCUAAAUGACUUAAAUGUAAACGUAAGAUGUGGAUGGUCUCGAAGAGUAAUGUACAGUUCCCUAGAAGAGUAGUUUCUAGAAGUUUGUUUCUGAUCCUGACUAGUUUGAGGUAAGACAGGACCUCCUUAUGAUUAAUCCUCCUAGCAUAUCCCCUCCGAUACAUAUGCUGUUUAUUCUUUGUCUCUGUUUCCAGUGAGGCUACGAGAGAGGACAGCCUCGGGGCCCUAUAAAUCAGUUAUAUUUUUUUGCCUGAUUUAGUUUUGUUUUCCCCAAACAUUUUGUUAUCUCUGUUUUUGUUUUUCCAGGUUUCAAUUCUUUCAGGUUUUCACUCUCAAAAUCACACUUUACUAAUAGAAAAACAACUAAAUUGUAUGUUCUAAGUCAACAACAAUGCUUAAACCACAUCAAGAGACCGCUUUUGAAGUCUGGGAAAAAUGUAAGACGUUUUGUGUUUUGGGUGUAGUUACCCUUUUAAUGCAAGUGUGCAACAACCGGAGAACAUUGUUUGGUUAGCGGUGUUUCUGUAGCCCUCAUGUGAUUGCAAAAUUUGCAAAACAAAUGGCUACUGGAUUGAUGCAAAUAAUCAUGAUAUCAUUCUGCAAGGUAGGCAGGCGUAGGCUACUUUGUAGUUAACAUUUAAUUGAGAAGGUUUUUGGCAAAGCCUUUCCAUCUACCAGCAGACGGUUAUCAUUAGCAUUAUCGCUAACGGAUACACAGAGUGUGGACUAGACAUACGAGCGCCACACAACAGUCAUUCCUGUGCCCUUUCAGAAAGUUUCAGGAAAAUACAAAUCACUGAUGCAUUUUGUUCACGUCUUAUGAUUAACUUGGGCAAAUGUAAUGCAUUUUCUAACAAGUUCAAUACAUUUAGUUAAUUUCUUAACUAAGUUCAAUAAAUGUUUGAAUAUUGUUUAAUUCCUUUUUAAAGUCUGGAUUCUGUGAUUCUGUCUGCGUUUUCCGUAAACGUGGAUUUCAUAGGGUCCUAUAGCCUGUGAUAUUCAAACAUGACAGCAGAAUCUGUAGCAUGCUGCUGACAGCUAAGCUAACUGGUGGAGCCUAGAUCUAUUUUUAUAGACAUAGAGCGAUAGUGAAGAAAGCCUGGAUGAGGUCUUGUAGUGAAAUCUAACCACCUGCCGACUGACCGCAAAUUAGAAAUCUGCACCAGACUGAGGCGAAGACUGACCCUCCGUUCUGUUGCUACCCAGCAGACGUGUCAACUGGUACACACUACCAUUACUGAGCUAGGAUCAGUUUAGCUUUUUAGAUCAUAAUGAAUACAAUGAUAUGUAUGUGGGGGGGCCUGAUACUAGAUCAGCACUCCAACCUUCUGGGCUGGCUGUGCUGUGGGGAGGGUAAGACUAGCAGAGGGAAUAAGGUGGGGGCUCACUCUGCUCUGCUCUAGUGGCUGAACAUCCACUCUGCUCUGCUCUAGUGGGCUGAGGAUCCACUCUGCUCUGCUCUAGUGGGCUGAGGAUCCGCUCUGCUGUAGUGGGCUGAGGAUCCGCUCUGCUCUACUGGGCUGAGGAUCCACUCUGCUCUGCUCUACUGGGCUGAGGAUCCACUCUGCUCUGCUCUACUGGGCUGAGGAUCCGCUCUGCUCUACUGGGCUGAGGAUCCACUCUGCUCUGCUCUACUGGGCUGAGGAUCCGCUCUGCUCUACUGGGCUGAGGAUCCGCUCUGCUCUAGUGGGCUGAGGAUCCGCUCUGCUCUAGUGGGCUGAGGAUCCGCUCUGCUCUACUGGGCUGAGGAUCCGCUCUGCUCUACUGGGCUGAGGAUCCGCUCUGCUCUAGUGGGCUGAGGAUCCGCUCUGCUCUAGUGGGCUGAGGAUCCACUCUGCUCUGCUCUACUGGGCUGAGGAUCCGCUCUGCUCUACUGGGCUGAGGAUCCGCUCUGCUCUAGUGGGCUGAGGAUCCGCUCUGCUCUAGUGGGCUGAGGAUCCGCUCUGCUCUACUGGGCUGAGGAUCCGCUCUGCUCUAGUGGGCUGAGGAUCCGCUCUGCUCUACUGGGCUGAGGAUCCGCUCUGCUGUAGUGGGCUGAGGAUCCGCUCUGCUCUAGUGGGCUGAGGAUCCGCUCUGCUCUAGUGGGCUGAGGAUCCGCUCUGCUCUAGUGGGCUGAGGAUCCACUCUGCUCUACUGGGCUGAGGAUCCGCUCUGCUGUAGUGGGCUGAGGAUCCACUCUGCUCUGCUCUAGUGGGCUGAGGAUCCGCUCUGCUCUAGUGGGCUGAGGAUCCACUCUGCUCUACUGGGCUGAGGAUCCGCUCUGCUCUACUGGGCUGAGGAUCCACUCUGCUCUGCUCUAGUGGGCUGAGGAUCCGCUCUGCUCUACUGGGCUGAGGAUCCACUCUGCUGUAAUGGGAUGAGAAGAUCAUGGUUGUGAGAUGUUAGAACCUUGAGUUUCUUGAUACCCACCCAACAGGAAGUCACACGAGCUGUGACCAGAGAGAGGAGACUUGUCUGCCAGCUCCUGACCUUUCCCAUAUCUCCCAUCACCAGACUAUUCUAACUGAGAAACAAGAGAGAAAGGAAGAAAGGGAAAAGAACAGAAAUAGCGAAGGAAAGAAAAUCCGAAAACAACCAACAACCGAGCAAAAGAAACGCUUAAAGAGAGAAAAAGACAGUAGACUGGGGCUACUCUAUCAUUCAAGUUCCGCCCUCUCCCAUCCCUCUCUCUUCUCCCCCUCCCUCCCUCUCUCCUCCUCCCUCCUCUCCCUCUCUCCCCCCAGCAUCCCUGUGGCUCUAUUAUUGCAUUCCUCAAGCUCUUUAAUUUGAGGAUCAGUAAACUGAGGUGCCAGCCAGCUCCCAAAGCCCUGCUCUCUCUGUGUGUGUGUGUGUGUGUGUGUCAGAGAGAGAGCUGGGUUUUCUAGUCGUUGGUUUAUUGGUCUAGGUGUGUUUUAAAUUAGACGUACUUCACAGCCACUGGAGAAUGUAACACAGCUGAGGAGAGGCGUGAGGGAGGGGAGGCGUGA